AUGUUAUUUGUGGAUAAUUUCCUUCAAAGGCUUUUAUCUCCUAGUAAUCGACUAUUACAUUUAUCUUUCAUAUGUUUCAUUGUUCCUUACUUGUACAGCCAAUUCAAUGAUGAACAGAGAAGAUCUACUUUCUCGGUUGAGCAAGCUAUGUUCAAUGCUUGGGAUAAAACUAUAACAAAGCCAAGUUCUUCGUUUUCGAAGGCUGUUGUGGGAUUUAAUGCCAAUGUGGAUCUCAUUGUGAUGGGAACGAACUUGAUCGAGUCUCUGAAUACAACGUGUAAUGAGCCGAGUGAUCAUGAAUCCUUGUCCAGUCUCAACGAUUUGCAUGAAACCUUUGCUUAUUUCUUCCAAAGAGGCGCUGCCGCCGAAAGGUAUUUAUCAUCUGAAGAGUCUUUCAAUUCUCUUGUGCGAAUGGCUGAGCAUAAUAGAAGAGCCCAGUUUCACAUAGGAGGUAACGCUGCGCUCAUGGCAGAACGAAUCGCUAUUACUUUCCCAAGCACUGAAGUAAUUCUUGUCGGCCCUAUCGGACCUCGCAGUCAUGCUUUACUGCAUCCUUCCGUUCAAAGAACGAAUUCAACCAAAAUUGUGAAGGAUGAGUUACAUAUCAUUAUGGAAUAUAGACAGGGUGAAAUCUUAGGAGACUGGGUAGCUCCCAGUAGCAGUCGAUUUAUCACAAGUAGAGAUCAAUUCAGUGGCAGUUCUGUAGUGAUUGAUAUGUUCUUCUCCGCUAUUUCUCAGUUCAAACCUGAUUUAGUUAUCAUAACUGGAGUUCACUUAUUGGAAUUCCAAGAGAAGGAUAGCAGGGCUGAGAAAAUGACGAUCAUUAGAAGAAACUUAAAACAAAUAAAUUUCAAAAUUCCAAUUCACCUGGAGUUAGGAAGUUUGGGAGACGCUGCCUUUUUGUCCGACGUUCUGUUCAAGGUUAUUCCCUAUGUGGACUCUCUUGGCAUUAAUGAGCAGGAACUCGCGUUUUUAUCUCACGUCGCUGGUGGUCCCCACAUGGAUGCUUAUCCAGUUCAAGCAGGAUCUGUUCAUGCUCACAAGGUCGUUGAAAUGUUACAUUGGCUAUUACACACCUUUGGUCGCGUAAAAACCAAUCCCAAAUCUAUUAGUGAGGGCUACCGCCUGCAGAGAAUUCAUUUCCAUUGCUUGACUUAUCAUAUUAUGGUAAGCAUAGGAACAGAUUGGUCAAACUUGGCUGCAGGCUUAUCAGCGGGUGCGAGAUUAGUCGGACGGUUGUCGUGCAAUUUGAAUUCUGAGAAUGCUUUGGAUUCCGACUUACUAGAAGUUCGAACUCCCCAAGCCUUCCCACUUGACAAACAAAUCGGAAAGAUGUAUCACUUCCAACCUCACAGCCCAGUUGCCUCAUGGAUUCGUGACGACGUUCUUUUCGUUUUCACUCCAGUCCUUGUCUGUAAAUUCCCAUCCAAAACAGUUGGUAUCGAUGAUGCAGUCUCAGCAGUAGGGCUGCUCUAUUCUCAAUUCUAUAGAUUCGAAAAAUGGUGA